GGAAAUAAUUUCUUUGAUUGGUUGAAACGUCGAUAGGCUAGGUAGGUGACGCUCUUUGGGUAGAUACCGAAAAAUAAGAGAAGAGAGACUGAAGCUUUGUUGUCAAACUGCUAAUUACAUGAUUCUGCUAAAGAUUUGAAGGAAUUAUCUCGGAAAAAUCUAGAGGGACUUGAAAUCAUGAGUUCUCCAGCGGCAGCACCUCCCACAUCAGGGAAGAAAAAAGGCGGUGGAUUUCUUCACAGACAGGCAAAGAGAAAGAAUACUAAACCCGAGUCGGAAGUGCUCACCGAGGAAGAUCUACUCCAACGAGAUGUUGUUUCUCCAGAAGAUGUUUUGAAAUUAGUCAGAUGUACAGAGAAUUACUUGUGCGAUCCAGAUGCCAAUAUCUAUAAUAUAGACUUCACACGUUUUAAGAUAAGAGACAUGGAGAGUAACACAGUUCUGUUUGAAAUUGCCAAGCCACCACCCUCAGAGGAUGAUGAGGAGGAAGAAACAGAUGUGGAAGAUGUCGACCCCAAUGCAGGUCGAUUUGUCCGUUAUCAGUUUACACCACAGUUUUUGAAAUUAAACACAAUUGGAGCAACGGUGGAAUUCCAAGUGGGUGACCAACCUGUGAACAACUUCAGAAUGAUUGAGAGGCACUACUUCAAGGAAAGGCUACUCAAAAGUUUUGAUUUCAAUUUUGGCUUUAUAAUUCCAAACAGCAAGAAUACUUGUGAACAUAUAUAUGAAUUUCCUGGACUGGAACCUGAACAAAUUAAAGAGAUGGUAGAAUGCCCAUUUGAGACCAAAUCUGACAGUUUCUAUUUUGUUGACAACAAGCUGAUCAUGCACAACAAGGCUGACUACGCAUAUAAUGGCGGGAUAGGAGCAAUGUAGUAGAUUGACGCACCAAAGACGAUAAUAAUGGAUACAGCAACCAGUCAACAAUAUAUAAUGACUACUACAUAACAAACAGAGAAGAGCUACGGAUACUGGAAAAUAUUUGUUGAUUUUUAAUUAAUAUUAAUUAAAUGUAUUAUUCAUGGCUACCUGAAUAUACAAAAUUUUGGUAAAUAUACUUUUUGAAUAUGUAAAUGAUAUGAUUUAAAUAUUCAUUAUAUGAUUAUAGUAUUUUGAAUAAAUAAGUGAUGAGAUGUUUGAAUUUAAUUGUUUGGUAUAUUAUGCAAUUUCACCUGUACAAAUAAUAAUAAAUACACACACAUAUAUAUCAUAGAAAUAUGCUAAGUUUUGAUUGUCCAAUGUUAAAGACAGUUAAGUUGUUUGCCCUUUCGGAAAUUCAAAUUGUACAAGGAUUAGUUAAAUCAAAAAUCACCAUGGAGACAUCAAUAAACGUUAUCUCUAUUAUACAUUGAAUCUUCUUGACUGGAACAAAUUAAUUUGAUGAUUGUUUUACUCUUGCAUCGUGCGGCAAUAAGUCACCAACCAGAUUUUAAUCAUUGAUAAUUUCUAAGUAGUGAAUAAUUCUUAUCUUUCAUUAUUGCUACUACUUUGUCAUGAACUUUCUCAUUGCAUGCUGCUGCAUCAUCAAUUAUAACAGUCAACUUUAUCAGUCUUCAAUAACUAAACAUUGUACAUUUUGGAUGUCAUAAGCCCAUAUCACUUUCUGAUGUAUUUAUGCAUUUUCUUUGUGUUUUGCACUGUAUGAUUCAAGGUAUAUUUACAGUGUUUGUUUAGAAGAAUUAUGUACAUUUCCCAUUUGUAUAUUUAUGUUAAUCCCAAGUCCCCAUUUGUAUAUUGUGUCAGUUUCCAGCCCCCAUUAGAACAGUCAUAGCUAGGGGAACAUCUUUAGUCAUGAAUACUGUAUAAAGCCUUAGGUAUGUGUUCACUAUAUCAUCAGCUGUUCUGCAGACUUGGAUUGGUUUCAUUAAUGUUAAUGUACCUCAUAAACAUUUCACGGAUGUAGUCAUGAAUACAGCGGAUGUGCUUUAUUUGACUGCUAACAUGUUAUCUAGCUACUCCAUAUGCGUUGUUCUCAGCUGAACAUUGUACCCAAUGUAGAUACAUUUUUGGAGGCCCUGGGAAAAAUCACCUAAUAGGGCCUCUUAACCCCAAUCCAACUAGUGUUAUUUUCUAUUAGUAAGUUCUAAUGCCAACAUUUAAACCAUUUUCAGGCCGUACAGUAAUUAAAUGAGGCUCAUUAAGGGGACUUUUCCCUUCUGUUGCAACCUUACAAAGUAUUCAAAUUCUAAUUUUUUAUUUCUGGAUAAAAAUAAAAUAACAUAACACAGUUGAUAACUCUCAUUCAUGAAGUGUGGAAAAAUAUAUGCACUGAGUGGCUCUUUAGACAAAAUUCACUAUAAAGUAACAUACAAUUAUACAAAUGAUUAAUUUAAGUAGUAAAGAAAAUCUUACAUCAGAGCCUAAAAACCACCAGAGUGUGAAGGUUUAGGACAUUUAAAUUAUUUCCUGCCUCAAAACACCCAAAGUUGUGGGUCUUCAUAAAUUAAUGGCAGGGCCCCAAGUCUCCCACGAGCCACAGGAGUCUCCCUCCCAGUAAUCUGGACAGCCCGUUGCACUCCCGCAACCAAGCAAGAAUCUCCGGGAAAAUA